CAGCGGGCGUUGGUUCAUCUUAUUUACUUUCUGAAUACGUGAAUUCGUCAAGAGGUGAGCCAGAGAGCCAUUGAGUGCGUCUCUGCCAGAAAACUCGCCCAAUCGAGUCUUAUUCCUUUUUGUGGUUGUCCACCCUCUCGACUGGCUUUGGGUGGCGCAUCACGAUCCCGCCAUCCAAAAGUCCCCGCCAACCCUUCCAGGUUCCCUUGCCUCCCUUCCCCUCACUCCUCGUCCCGUGGCCCCUACCGGCCGGGCGGGAUUCCGUUCCCAAGCUUCAUCGCUCCGUCGAACCCUUUUCCGCCAGAAUCAUCAAUUGAUUCAACUCGCCUGUCAGCCAUGUCGCUGAACCGCGUCGCCAGUCUCGAGACGCUCGCCGUGCCGCCGGGCCAUUCCCAUGAUGUCCGCGAUAGGCGCGUCAGCGAUGCGAGCCUCCGCGUGCGCCGCCUGAGCUUCAACCCCGUGCCGCAGGAUUGGGAGUCGGUGUCGCUGCGGCCCGAUGAUCCUUAUGUCGACACCGUCGGCGCCUUUGAGGUGCCUCAGUGGAAGCGACUGCUCCAGAUUGCCGCUGCCGUCGUCAACUGCCUCUUCGCUGCCGGCAUCGUCUUCGGCUAUGCCGCCCUCAAGCCCGUCCUCAAGCAGGAGGGCGCCUACGCCGACUCGUGCCCGGAGCACCCCGGCGACGGCGAGGGCAGCGAUAGCUUCGCCCUGAUGCCCCGCGACACCUGCGUCGAGAUCCGCCUCAACCUCAUGUUCACCGUGGCCGCCGUCGGCACAAACGUCGCCGCCCUGCCUGUCGGUGCGAUCCUAGAUCACUACGGCCCUCGCGCCUGUGGUGUCAUCGGCAGCGCGUUCCUCACCAUCGGUGCCCUCCUCAUGGCCUACGAGGCGGCGCUGCCGUUUGAUGGCCUUCUCCCGGGUUAUCUGUUCCUUGCCCUUGGGGGACCUUUUACCUACAUCUCGUCCUUCCAGCUCUCCAAUGCCUUCCCGCGCCGGUCCGGCCUUAUCCUGGCUCUCCUGACGGGCGCCUUCGACGCCUCCAGCGCCCUCUUCCUCGUGUACCGCAUCCUGUUUAACGCCACCGACGGCGCCUUCAACCUGCGACGAUUCUUCCUUGUCUAUCUCGCUGUCCCCGCGGUCAUCCUCGUCGUCCAGUUAACCAUCAUGCCCACCCAGUCCUACAAGACGGUUGGCGAGCUGGUCGAUCAGGCAGACGAGGCCGACGCCGCCUACGAGGCCCUCGGCGGGACCCCCGAGGACCAGAUCGACGAACACACGGCCUUGUUGCAGGAAGAACGGUUCGAGGAGCGCCAGCGCCGCCAGUCUGUCAUGGCUGACAUCGAGACGUUGCUGGGAUCUGCUAAGGGUGGAGAUCAGGUCGAGGCCCAGGAACGCAAGAUCGCUGCCUCGGGCGUCUGGGGCGUCAUGCACGACAACACGGUGCUGCAGCAGAUCACGUCGCCGUGGUUCAUCCUCGUGUGCCUCUUCACCAUCGUCCAGAUGACGCGCAUCAACUUCUUCGUCGCCACCAUCCGCCCGCAGUACGAGGCCAUCUUUGGCGACCACGAGCUCGCUGUCCAGAUCAAUACUUUCUUCGACGUCGCCCUGCCAGUCGGGGGUCUCGUGUCCAUCCCCUUCAUCGGCACUGCCCUCGACCACUUUGGCACCGUUGUCGUGCUUGCUGCCCUCGUCUCUACGGGUACGCUGAUCGGCGUGCUAGGCGUGCUGCCCUACACCUGGGCCGCCUACGGCAACAUCAUCCUUUUCGUGCUAUACCGGCCUUUCUACUACACGGCCGUGUCCGACUACAGUGCAAAGGUAUUUGGCUUCCGCACCUUUGGCACUGUCUACGGCCUCAUCAUCUGCCUGUCGGGGCUCUUCAAUUUCUCCCAGUCGGGCCUCGACGUCCUGUUCCACCAGACCUUCCACGGCAACCCUGUGCCUGUUGACAUUAUGUUGCUGCUGCUAGGCUUGAUCAUUGGCGUUGCCCUUGUCUCUUUCGUUGCCGUGCAGGUCCGGAGGAUAAACCAAAAGAACCGAGGGGGAGUGUCGUACAACUGAUAAAUGGGUGUACACCUGAAGUGAAGGUUGGGUCAUGUUCAUUUUUGGAAACAAGGUUGGAAAUCACAGAGUGGCCAUCUCGUCGGCGUUGCUUGAGAAGAUGAUAAUAUUUACAAGAA